AGCUCCUUAUUUUAGUUUACCUACCCAACCCAUGAUCCGAAGAAAGUUACAAACUUUCCAUGAACUUUUGAGCUGGGAAACGCAAUAGAAGCUUCUGGAACUUCCCUUCGACUUCAAGGAGCUUUCCCAACCUCUUGGGUGACACUGGCUUGUGAUCAUGCUAGUAUGCUACGGGUUCUCUUGUUUCCCUUAGUUAGCACUUGGCAGCUACUUGCUAGUAUUGAGUUGCAUUAUUAAUUUGAAAAAAAUGUCACAUGCCUUAAGCAUGUCUACUAAGAUGUUGAAAACCAAUUAAGACAUGAACAGAUAUAAGGUUUCAGUUGAUCUUAUCUCUUUUGAUUGUGAGUGGCUGCUCUAUUGGCCAUUCUUUGAGAGGGUGGGGUAUGCACUCUUAUGCUACUGCUUAAUUCUUGGUAGAGGUCUCUAAGACAUCACCAUGUGAUCUUUCGUGUUUAUGCUUCCCAUCCUUUAACCCCCUUCAGCAAUCAUUCAUCUCUUAAACAGUUUUCUGAAGGAUAUUAAGAUCUAUAAAUACACUUGCUCUUGCCUUCAAAAACAACACAACUCAUUGGCACUCUAGAGCAUCAACACAAACACAUUCUUCUUAAACUUGAGAGCUUUCUCUUGUUUUUCUUCUCACUUAUUUACACAAAGAUGGGUUUCCGUUUACCUAUUAUCCGAAAGGCAUCAUUCUCUACUAGCCAAGCGGCUUCAAAAUCUGUAGAAGUCCCAAAGGGGUAUCUUGCAGUGUAUGUUGGAGAAGAACAAAAGCGAUAUGUCAUCCCAAUUUCAUACUUGAAUCAACCUUCAUUCCAAGACUUGUUGAAUCAAGCUGCGGAAGAGUUUGGAUAUGAUCAUCCCAUGGGAGGUCUCACAAUUCCUUGCAGUGAACAUGUCUUCCAGCAAAUCACUUCUCGUUUGAAUUGACGAGGAAACUUACACUGUAGGAGACUGACAUAGAUUAGUAUACAUUUUUGUACAAUAGAUUAGUAUUGAUAUCAGAAUGACAAAUUCCUUUUUGUAUGAUGAAAAUUGAUAAUGAAUUCAAUUACCCAACUACUUUCUUUGUCAAUACAAAUGUUCGCACUCCCAACAAGUAGGAGCUUAUAUGAGCAGAGCUACUUGCUUUAAGAACGCCA